AUGAGAUCGCUAUUCAGGAAGAAAGACAAGAAGCGGGAGGAGCCGACAUCACCUCUGCCGCCUGAGCUUCGACCGAACGUCGCAUUGGACUCUUUGCGCUGCCCGCCGACACAAUUCUCUGCGCGUCUGUUGGCAGCCCUGCCAGAAAAGGUUCUCCAUCGGAUUUUCACAUUUGUCUGCCCACAUGCGCUGGAUCAGAGCUAUGAUACUUGCGAAUCUAGUCCGAUCGGCCGGGGCUGCAUGCUCUGUGAUUUGAGAGACUUGGCGCAUUGCGGCCAAGUGAACCAUGCGUGGCGGCCGAUUGUCAAUAAAAUCUUGUAUCACAGCGUUCGCAUCGACCCAGUCCACUACUGCUCGAGGGAGGCUUUCUUGGCAGAGCGACGGAAGAAGACAUCUAGGUUCAAUAAAAACGGAAUCCCCGAAGACCCAGCCCUUGCACGACUGAGACUGCUAAGACGAACUGUUCGCGAGGAUCCAACAAGACUCGGCAAAACCGUCCAGUUCCUGAAGAUACCAUAUCAGAUUCGGGAAUCCUACCACUCGGAAUUGGCCCAAACCAUUGCUGUGCUGCCCAAUCUCAAAUAUGUCGACCUUCCAGAAGGCAUGUUUUCCGACGACCCUACAUUUGCGACGUUGCGGCUCGAAGUGCAAGCUAGGUGUCCCAACAUACGGAAAGCGACAUAUUUGGGCGGCUCGGAGCGCAGUUUUGCCACGCUGGCAGACGGCCAAAUUUGGCCACAACUUGAGGUGCUUGAACUGAACAGUUUGAACGUUGAACCCAGAAUGCUGAGAGCGGUUCUAUCUUGUUUGCCUAAUCUUCGUGCUCUCAAGGUCUCGGAAACAUACAGCCUGUCAGAUGAAGUUUUGGUCGCCGAUGAAUACUUACCUCCUCUGCCCGCGCUGGAAGAAUUAAUUCUCAAGGACACACCUAGUCUGACAGCAGCUGGUAUCGUCGACUACCUGAGCUUUUUUGAGAUGCAGCAGUCUCUCAAAGUCUUGACACUUAAAGACACCGGUAUUACACCGUGGAUGUUGCAGGAUGUGCUCUCAAUGGCACCGUCACUCAAAACGCUGGCCAUCCAAUCCAAAGUCGCAGAGCCAUUUCCCUCGCACGAAGCCGUCCAGCCAUUGGCGCACAAACGUCUGAGGACACUUCGAUUUGAAAUAUCAGCUAAAUCAUCCGCAGGACCAUUUGCGACUCAGGGAUACUACUCGUAUCUUGCAAACUCCGUGCUGGCCGGAGGUCUUCCCAGGCUGCGUAGACUGUAUGUAUUUGACGAGAAAUUCCCGGAUCAACUACAGAACCUUCCUCCUCCUACCGCGACGUUUGCUGGCGGACGAGUUCGAUCGUCAUCAAAUUCGUCGGGACACAUGGGAGCCCCCGCGCUACGGGUAUCACCUCCAGGCUCCGCCAGUCCCCUAGCAUCGCCUACUCGCCAAGGGUUUGGCAAUGUGCUGUCUCCUUCGCGCCAAAACUUUGGCAACGUGGCAUCCCCUACGAGGCAGAACUUUUCAAACGCAGCAAAUCCGAACCGCUUCAGUUCUAAUAACCCGUUUGCGCACGCACCAGGAAGAAGUCCUGCCAUGCAGACACUGGAAGUUUUCACAAAAAGCGACGAGUUUGGCCAAUGGAACUUUGCCAGAGUAGAUUCGUUUACUGCAGCAGCAACGGCACCGUCUGGCCGUCCCAGUAGUAGCUACGGGCUGGCUGCGGAUGUCACGGGCCAGGGCUGGGACCGCGGCGAAGCUAGACGCAGUGUCAUGAUUGGAAAUGGAGCGGGCGGAUUCUCACCGGUGCCGGGGACUGACGCUGAGCGUGACCCUGGUGGCUUUACACUUGGUGCUGUUCCGAUGCGCAACAAGGCCGACAUGUUGCGGCCGCUGAGCAGUGCAGGCGAUGCGAGGAGAAGUCGAGGUUUCGGGAGAUAG